CGUCGCCGGUGACGUGGCUGACGUGGCUGACGUGGCUUCCCGGUUGCCGUCCUUCCUUGGUUGUUGUGCCAAGGCUCCACCGGGCUUCCCCAUUCACUGGAGAUAUACCUGAGCCAUAAAGCAAAACAAAAUAAAACAAUACCCGUGCUAGCAAACAAACAGACAAGCAGUCAGUCGUUUUAUGUUUGUUUUUCUAAGAGGUAGCCGGUUGAAUCAGCCAUGGAGACGUAUAGUGGCAACUCACACAAGAAACAGAAGCUAGGCAACGCUGCUGCUCAGAACUGGGGAAUGCAACGUGCAACUAAUGUCACCUAUCAAGCCCAUCAUGUCAGCCGAAACAAGCGUGGGCAGGUUGUGGGCACAAGAGGAGGGUUCAGAGGAUGCACCGUUUGGCUGAGUGGUUUGUCCGGUGCAGGGAAGACCACAGUGAGCAUGGCUCUGGAGGAGUACCUGGUGUGUCACGGUAUCCCCUGCUACACACUGGAUGGGGACAACAUCCGUCAGGGGCUGAACAAAAACCUAGGCUUCAGCCCAGAGGACCGUGAAGAGAACAUUAGACGCAUUGCUGAGGUGGCUCGGCUUUUUGCUGAUGCUGGGCUGGUCUGCAUCGCCAGCUUCAUCUCUCCCUACGGCAGGGAUCGCCUCAAUGCCAGGAAGAUCCAUGAGGUAGCAGGGCUGCCUUUCUUUGAGGUGUUUGUGGACGCUCCACUGGAUGUCUGUGAGCAAAGGGACGUGAAGGGGCUGUACAAGAGAGCCAGAGCGGGGGAGAUAAGAGGUUUCACUGGGAUUGACUCAGAGUACGAGAAGCCAGAGGCCCCAGAGCUGGUGCUGAAGACCGACUCCUGCAGCGUGAAUGAAUGCAUACAACAGCUUAUUGACCUGCUUCAGGAAAGGGAUAUAGUUCCUGUUGAUGCAUCUUAUGAAGUGAAAGAGCUGUACGUUCAGGAGAAUAAACUGGACCUGGCUAAGGCUGAUGCAGAGACUCUGCCUGCUGUACAGAUUGGAAAGGUGGACAUGCAGUGGGUGCAGGUGCUGGCUGAAGGCUGGGCCACUCCUCUGAAUGGCUUUAUGAGAGAGCGAGAGUACUUGCAGUGUCUUCAUUUUGACUGUCUGCUGGAUGGUGGCGUCAUCAACCUGUCAGUGCCUGUGGUGCUGCCCAUGUCUACUGCAGAUAAAGAGCGUUUAGAUGGCCUGACAGCUAUCGCUUUGGUCUACGAGGGCAGACGAGUGGCCAUCCUUCGCAACCCCGAGUUUUAUGAACACCGCAAAGAAGAGCGAUGUGCUCGCCAGUGGGGCACCACCUGCAAGGACCACCCUUACAUCAAGAUGGUGAUGGAAAGCGGGGACUGGCUGGUCGGGGGAGACCUGCAGGUUCUGGACAAGAUCUACUGGAACGAUGAACUCGAUCAGUACCGACUGACACCCACCGAGCUCAAACAGAAGUUUAAAGAGAUGAACGCAGAUGCUGUAUUUGCCUUCCAGCUCCGCAACCCAGUCCACAACGGCCAUGCUCUCCUGAUGCAAGACACCCACAAGCGCCUCCUCGAGCGAGGCUACCGCCGGCCUGUUCUGCUCCUUCACCCACUGGGUGGUUGGACCAAGGACGAUGAUGUGCCGCUGCCCUGGCGAAUGAAGCAGCACGCCGCUGUGCUGGAGGAGGGCAUCCUGAAUCCAGACUCUACCAUCGUGGCCAUCUUUCCUUCGCCCAUGAUGUAUGCUGGGCCAACUGAGGUUCAGUGGCAUUGCAGAGCUCGAAUGGUGGCCGGAGCCAACUUCUACAUUGUGGGCCGUGACCCUGCAGGCAUGCCCCACCCCGACACAGGAAAGGACCUGUAUGAGCCCACUCAUGGCGCCAAAGUCCUCACCAUGGCUCCCGGCCUCAUCACCCUGGAGAUUGUUCCCUUCAAGGUCGCCGCUUACAACAAGGUCAAAAGAGCAAUGGACUUUUAUGAGCCCAAAAAUCAUCAAGAUUACGAUUUCAUCUCAGGCACACGUAUGCGUAAAAUGGCUCGCGAGGGAGAGAAUCCUCCCGACGGCUUCAUGGCGCCGAAGGCCUGGGCUGUGCUGAAGGAUUACUAUAAGUCACUGGAGAAGGCCUAAAGGUCAGACGAAACAAACAUGGAAACACGGUGAUGUUUAACAGGAUCAUUAAUGUGGGGACCACUCAUCUACUGUCAAAAACCACGCUCUGGCUUCUGUCUGUGUCACUUUCACACUCAACUGUCAGUCAUGAAACUGGUCUCAGUUGUUUUUAGUCUUAAUGACUUUUGUAUUUUAACAGUACGUACUUAAUUUAACUAAACUCGCGCUGAUUGUGAAAUAUAGUAGGAGAGGUCCGUAUUCUGUUGAAUUGGUAUUUCUAGAGAACAAACAAAAAAUAUUUCUUUAAAAUAGAUAGUUUGUGUUUCUCACUAACUCUAUAACUGUAUGUUCUGAUGACUGAUUGGAAAAGUAUUGUGUAAAAAUGUAAAGAUCAAGACUCGUAUGGUACCUGUAUGGAAAGUACUGUUGACCAGUACUUGAAUAGGAUGAAUGAUCAAAUUAAAAAGCGUUACUGGACCUCAUAGAGUUCACUUAACUCACUCCUGAAACCCAAACAUGUUACUUUGUACUGUAUGUUUGCAAGUGGCAGUGGUAAUUGCUCAAAAUUUGGUGUACACAAGUAUUUGAUGUAAAAGUUGAGUGCCUUGGUCCUCGGAAAGUGAAUUCACAUGAUGUCUUGUUUGAAUUAGGACACACAUACACACCUGCUUCUUGUCUCCAUGUUACACUGAAACGGUCCAAUAGUGGAAGAAAUGGGGCUGCAAAACAGAUCAGCAUUAAAGAUGUUUUUAUUGCGAUAUGCAACUCUAACCUUCCUUAACUCCUAUGAUUCAUUUCUAACAUUUUUAUUUGUCAUAUUUAGUCUAUUUAUUCUGUCUUAACAUUACAUUGUUUUCUCUUUUUAACUGUGCUGUGCGUGUAGUUUCGGUGCUUUAAACUCGUCUCUCAACGGUCUUUGAUUUUUUUUCUUACGUUUUCAUCUUUUGUAUUUUUUUCUCUCUCUCAUGGGUUGCUAAUAUUUUCCAUGUGGUAAGUCAUUUUUAAGAGUUGGCCUGUAUAAUCAGACGGUUGAUGGUUACCAUCAAGAGAUCAGAUUUGUAAUCUUCCUUGUCCAAUAAACCAUUUUUAGCAAAAAAA